AUGUUGGUUACUUUGUUAGUUUUGACGCUGCUGGCGGCCACCUACUGGGUCCGGCAGCGGUUGUCCUACUGGAAGCGGCGUGGAGUUCCCGCCGUGGAACCGUCGUUCCCGCAGGGGAACCUACGUGGCGUCGGCAAAGAUUACCACAUCUCCGAGGUGCUCCAGAACUGCUACAAACAGCUGAAAGGAUCGGGCAACCCGUACGGUGGCUUCUACUUCUUCAUCAACCCGUCGGCAAUGCUGCUGAAUUUGGAUCUGAUAAAGGCCGUGCUGGUGAAGGACUUCGAAUACUUCCAUGAUCGCAACGUGUACCACAAUGACCACGAUGAUCCUCUUUCGCGCCAUCUGGUCGCCAUGGAGGGUGCUAAGUGGCGUAGUCUUCGCGCCAAGUUAACGCCGACGUUCACCUCCGGGAAGAUGAAGAUGAUGUUCGCUACGGUGACGGCAGUGGCGGACCAGUUCACGCAUUGUCUAACGGAGACGAUCGCGGGCAAUUCGGAGGUUGAAAUGAAGGAUCUGCUGGCGCGCUUCACGACCGACGUGAUCGGGACAGUUGCGUUCGGGCUCGAGUGCAAUAGUUUGAAAGAUCCACAGGCCAAGUUCCGCGUCAUGGGCCGCAAAGUGUUCCAGCCAUCUUCGUAUCGCGUGAUGAAGUUUUUCUUGGCCACCCAGUUCCAGGACCUGGCGCACUUCCUGCGUGUCACACUCACGCCACCGGAUAUUACCGAAUUCUUCAUGGGUGUUGUGAAGGACACGGUUCAGUACCGCGAGAAGAACCAGGUGCAGCGGAACGAUUUUAUGACGCUGCUGAUGAAUAUUAUGAAGGACCAGGAAAAG